AUGAAACAUCAAACCUGUUAGUAUAUUGGAUUACAAGUGCAUUCGCUUUUAUAAUUUGCAUUAAUGGUGAUAAAAUGUGAGAGAACUUAUAAUUUUCUUCAAAAAUAUCGCAACCCUUUUUUCCCUUUUUUGCCUAUAAAAUCCCAUCCAACAAAUUCAUCAAUACAUGAGCAGCGUCACAACUUUCCAACUCAAGCACAAACUCUGCUUCACUCUUCCGCCGCCAUGGAUGGCUCUCUCAAACCUCUCUUCUCUCUCCUCUUUCUCUCCCUCCUCACACUCCACAUUUCAGUGGAGGUAUCAGGUACAACAAUGACGUUGUACAACAAAUGCAGCCACCCUGUCUGGCCGGGCAUCCAGCCUGGCAGCGGGUCGCCGGUGCUGGCCAAGGGCGGAUUCAAGCUGCCGCCGAACAAGUCGUACACGCUCCAGCUCCCCGCCGCCUGGUCGGGCCGCGUCUGGGGCCGCCACGGCUGCUCCUUCGACAAGACUGGGCGCGGCCGCUGCGCCACCGGCGACUGCGGCGGAGCGCUCUUCUGCAACGGCCUCGGCGGGACCCCUCCCGCCACGCUCGCCGAGAUCACCCUCGGCAACGACCAGGAUUUCUAUGACGUCAGCCUCGUCGACGGCUAUAAUCUCGCCAUCUCCAUCACGCCUUUCCGCGGCAAAGGAAAGUGCAGCUACGCCGGGUGCGUGAGCGAUCUAAACAUGAUGUGCCCGGUGGGUCUGCAGGUGCGUUCUCACGAUAAGAAGAGGGUGGUGGCGUGCAAGAGCGCGUGCUUUGCCUUCAACUCGCCCAGGUACUGCUGCACGGGGAGCUUCGGGAACCCGCAGUCGUGCAAGCCAACGGCCUACUCUCGGAUUUUCAAGGCCGCGUGCCCCAAGGCUUACUCUUACGCCUACGAUGAUCCCACUAGCAUCGCCACUUGCACCGGCGGUAGCUACUUGCUCACUUUCUGCGCCCACCAUUAGACAUUUUGUGUUGCGCUAUGUUAACUUAAUUAAUUAUGCUUAUCAUAGUUAGCUAGCCAGCUAGUACUAGUAAGUAGUAGUAUACUGUGUCGAUUGCUGGAUUUGGACGAUGGAAUUUUGUUGGUAUUCAUUAAUGCUUGCUGGUUAAUUUAUGUCAUUAUUUGAUUCUACUA